AAAAGAAGAAGAAGAAAAGGAGAGAAGCCAAACCCCCAUCAUCUCUCUCUCUCUCUCUCUCUCUCUCUCUCUCUCUCUUCAUCUGGUUCUUCUGAGGUCUGAACCCUCUAUCUCCUCCUGGCUUUUCGCCAUUAAUGGAGUCCCUUGAGUCAGCGGCGUGCUUCGUGGACGACCUUCUCGACUUCUCAUCCGACAUCGGCGAAGAUGACGAGGAAGAUGACCACAAAAACAGCAACAAAGCCUUACCUUCUUCUUUGCCUUUGCCUCUGCCCACUCUGGACUCCAAACCCUCAAAUAAUAGUAAUACCCACCACCAACAACAAGAACCAACUGGCUUGACCAUUAUCGACCCAGACGAACACCAUCAUUCCUUCCCCGAACUCCUAGAAGAAGACCUGGAAUGGUUAUCGAACGAGGACGCAUUUCCUGCAGUGGAGGCGUUCGACGACUUCUUACUGGGGAAGCUGAGUAAAGGCCCAAAGCAGCAGAGCCCUGUAUCGGUGCUCGAGAACAGCAGUAACAGCGCCAUUAACAGUAGCAGUUCCAUUAUGAGCUGUUGCGGGAACCUCCAGGUUCCGGUUCGAGCGAGAAGCAAGAGAAGAAGACGGAGGCGAAGUGGGUUUUCGGAUAUUUCCGGCCAGCAAUGGUGGUGGUGGUGGGAACCCAAGAACAAGAGCAUUGGCGGAGGAGGAGCCGCGAAGGUGACGAAGACGACCGCAUCAAUGGGGAGGAGGUGUCUACAUUGCUUAGCAGAGAAGACGCCCCAGUGGCGAGCGGGGCCACUGGGGCCAAAGACACUGUGCAAUGCUUGUGGGGUGAGGUACAAGUCAGGCCGGUUGGUGCCGGAGUAUCGGCCGGCCUGUAGUCCAACUUUCUCAAGUGAAUUGCACUCCAACUCUCACCGGAAAAUUUUAGAGAUGAGAAGGCAAAAGCAGAAGGAGCUGCUGCUGAAGUCCAUGGACAAAGGGUAGCACCCACUACCUUUGACUUGUGUGUUUUCCAUAGCAUAGAAUCAGGGUUGUUGUAGCAGAUGAAUAGAUUACAGAUGUUUAGAUUUUGGUAAUCAUAAUCUAGUUUUAGGAAAAUUUUGACUGCUAGUAGUGUUUGCAUUUAUAUUUUAGGAAAGCAAAAGGAAAGUGUUUCUUAGUAUUAUUUAAUUAUUCAUUUUUCAAUUGCUGAUUACUUGUGGCUGUGGUGAAGUUGAGAUGCUACAAAUGUUGGUUUUAAAAGAAAAAUCCCUGAUCGCCUUCUAUUGAUUAGCGCACAAACAGAAGCAAUAGGUCCCCGGUCAUCGUCGACAUCAAAUUUGGUUGAAGAGUUGUUGGCAUGGAGUUAUUGGACUGUGAUGGGUAGUUGCAGAAACUAGGACAAUCGGUGUUGAUUGAAAACGAUGUCUGGCAUGGUGGAGGCUAAGUUAAAAUCCUAGCUAAAGAAGCAAUGCAUUUUGCCCAGAAUACUAGCUAAAGAAGUGAUGCUUUUUCCUCAUUUGAAUUUGAUAAUGACUGGCUAUGGCCUAUGAAGCUUCUAAAUCCAGUGGAAUUGGUCUAACCCCUUGACCCUCCAAAUCUAUAUUACAUUGUUGGUGUGAAUUUGCAGCAGAGCAACUUUGAUUGGUUUCCUUAAAUCUGCAAAUUUCAGUAGGAGAUUGCAAAUGGGUUGCAUUUCUUAUUGGUGGGUUGUCAAUAAUUUACUGACUUGAUGAGGUUAGUGAGCUUUCUUGGUUCAUUGUAUCAUUCUUCCAGCAGUAGGUAUACUUGCAUUGUUGAUGUGAAGUUAGGUUUGACAUUAGUUUGACCAUGUAAAACUCACUCUCUUGCAAAUACUCGUGUUAGAAUUGAAAUUAUUCUCUGUUGCUAAUGUAAACAUUCAUUCGUGUUUCA